AUGCAGCCCCUCCACACCGUCAGGGCCUCCCACGAGGACGUGGGCGCCUACGUCCUCGACGGCUGCGUCUGCGACGGCGGCUCCUCCCUCUGCCUUUCCCUCUCCGACCACUCAAUCCGCUGCUACGACACCCACGCCGCGAGUUUUCUCUCGACGCUGCUGGGGCACACCUGCGCCAUCAAGGACGUGACGUCGUCCGCGGCGCAGCCGACGCUGCUGUACUCCGCGCAGGAGGACACGGGGGUGAUGAUUUCGGACCUGCGGCAGCGGACGCCCGCGCACUUCCUGAGCGAGUUCUGCGGGGCCGGGGCGACGGGCGGCACCGUCGGGGUGACCCCCAACGGCCAGUUUCUCGGCGUUGCCGUGAACGGCGACACCCACAUCGUGGACACGCGCAAGUGGCAGACGACGCACGUUGUAGCAAACAUGCACCUGGACGAAAUCACGCGGCUCCGCUUUCUCGACGACACGGUGUACUGCUCGGCGGGGGAGGACCAGAUGAUCAACUUCAUCGAUUCCUCCGCCGCGGUGAAGGAGAACGACAUGCUGCUGCAGGCGAUCUCCUGCGGAGAGGUCGUGACGAAGAUGACGGCGUUUCCCGAGCUCGGCGCCUUGGGACUCGUUGGCUCCUGCGAGAACGCCUACCUCUGCCCCUUUGACCUGCAGGAGCGGGAGGCGCGUUACCCGCGUCCUGACGACGCCACGUACCUUGUGGACAUGUGCGUGCUCAAUGGGCAGGUCCAACUCGUGCGCGGCGUGCGAGACGAGGAGGGAAACGCCGGGGCGCUCUCCCUCAUGAAUUGGGCCACGCGCGACGUGGUGCAACUGGCGCCUGUGCACAAGGAUAUCUGCCGCAUCGCCGUUGGCGUCGGGGACCGCCUCAUUACGGGCGGUGAAGACAGUCUUGUGGCCUUCUGGCGCACAACGGAUGCGGCGACUGCUUUACCCACGACGGCGCCCGCAGACGCCGCCGCGUUGGGGCGGGGGAUGAUGAAGGCGCGCCACCACGUGACGAGACCACUGCGGUCCAUGCCGUACGCGAAAUGA